UUCAUUUAUAUUCUUGUGUAUUUAAAUUUUGGUGUAAAUGAUUCGUCAUAUUGAAUUUUGUGUGGAACUUGCUGAAUCAACUUCAUUUUCUUGGAUCUGAGAAAUGUUCUCUUGAUUACUUGUCCAUUUUUCACUGUUAACAAGGUGGUCAUCCAAUUUUACUUCAGCUAAUUAUAGUGAGGAACUUGGUAUUUAGAGAUGGAUCUGAAUUCCAUGAAAGAUGCAUUUGAUCGUGUUACAAAGAAACAGAAGUUAUCAUCAUCCAAGUCUCUGGAAAUGAUCGAACAGAUUGUGCGAGAAAUAGAACAAGUAUUAUCAAGAGUAAAAUCAGGUCAUGAUUCUACAAUUCCAAGUGAUCACGUGUUGAUUUUAAAUGAAUUAAAAGCAAAGUUGAAAGAAAUUGCUCCACUCAGCCAGCUGGAAGGCACCCAGAAAGAAUUAAACAUGGCUUUGAGCAGAUAUCCAAAGCUUCUCGAGAAAUCCUUCAAUCCUGAUAUAUCAAAAGCUUACCGCAAUAUUGAUUUUGAUAUACACACCAUUAAUCAAAUAAUUGCAGAUCAUUUCUAUCGGGAGGGCCAGUUCGUUCUUGGUGAUUGUUUCAUAGAUGAGUUGAGGGAACCAGAAGCUGCAGCUAAGAAAUCUUCUUUCUUGGAAAUGUAUAAGAUACUAGAAGCCAUGAGAUCACAGAACCUGGAGCCUGCUUUACAGUGGGCUGCUACCAACCAUGAAAAACUUAAACAAAAUGGGUCCGACAUUGAACUGAAACUCCAUCGUAUUCGGUUUGUAGACAUCCUUCAAAAAGAUGGUCGAGAUGAAGCUCUGAAAUAUGCUAGAGCUUUUUUGGCUCCUUUUGCUGCCAGUCAUAUUGCUGAAAUCCAGAAGCUUAUGGCUUGUCUGUUAUGGGCUGGGAGACUUGAUUCCUCACCAUAUGCAGAAUUUCUGUCCCCUAUGAACUGGGACAAAUUGGCCGAGGAGCUUACCCAGCAAUUCUGUCAUCUUAUAGGGCAAUCCUAUGAAAGCCCAUUAAGUGUAACUGUUGCAGCUGGAGUCCAGGGUUUGCCGACCCUUCUGAAGCUGAUGAAUGUAAUGAACAGUAAAAUGCAGGAAUGGCAGUCCAUGAAACAGUUACCUGUGCCCGUGGAUUUGGACACGGAGUUUCAGUUCCAUUCCGUAUUUGUGUGUCCUGUGAGUCGGGACCAGGCAAGUGAAGAGAACCCUCCAAUGCUGCUUCCAUGUGGACAUGUACUCUGCCAGCAAUCUAUCAACAAGUUGUCCAAAAAUAAUAGCACACGUCGCUUUAAGUGUCCUUACUGCCCUUCAGAAGUGGAAGCAGGCCAGUGUAAGCAGUUGUAUUUGUGAUGUAUGUUCAAAAUAUUAACAAGUGUUGUAUCAAACUUCUUACUUUGCAUCCCUCCAGCAGUCUCCUCGUCCUCCCACCCUCCACUCCACAAAAAGAACAGGGGGGAAAAAGAGAGAGAGAGAGAAAGAAAACUCUAGUUAACUGAAUACAUGUAAUUACAGUCUAGGGUAUAUGUUUCUGAAGUUGGUCUCGAUGUUGUACUGUUUGAUGAACUAGAAAUAGAGGCUCUUUGCACAUUCAUUCAAGUACUUUGGGUGUGUAGAUAUCAUGUGAACCUCUGAUGUUCGGACUCUUCGACAUGGUCAGAGUAUACGACACGGGUAUGGGUAUGGAUAUGUGUCGGAUCCUCCAAAUUUCAACCGAACACUUUACUCUUUUUGCUUCUUCUUCUUUUUCCUUUUCUUUCCCAUUUAUGCUCUCUAUAAACCUGCGCCGCCCCCGAUAGGGUGGAGAAAGGCGAUUGCCCUCAGUUUUCCCCUUCUUCUUCUUUCCCUUUUCUUCUUGUUUCUUUCUUUCCCUUUCUGUAUCGGUGGUUUAGGAUGUGUGUAUAAAAUGAAAAUGGAUUUCAUA